GGGCCUGGUAUCUGAGUGCCAGUGAACCCCUCCAAGGCUUUCUCCCACCCUAGUUUGGGAGGAUCAGUGCCCUGCUGUCUUUAGUGACGGCUGCCAGCUCUUGCUUUCAGAAGGCAGAAGAAGAUACUGCUCAAGCUUUCUGACCUUUCUAGAAAGGUCUUUCAGGGAAAUGGAAUCAAUGCUAAAGAUUUCCAUGAGUGCUCUGGAUCUUUAUUGUACUGCUGACCAGGCUCACCUUGGUCACAGUUUGGAUGCCUACCGCGGGUGUUUAUGAAUCACAAGUAACUUUGCCAGUCUCUCUGGGUAAAAAUGCGGGGGACAUGGUGCCUUCCUGGUGGUUUCCACCAGGUCCCUCUGCGUCUGCUCCCCUGGAAGCUGGAGGAUUGCCUUUUCUCUAAAAUAUGGACCUCUUUUGGGGUGCCUGACCAUUUGUUGGCCAGAUCCAGAGGAUCGGCUCUGCCCUGGUCUGGGUGCCCCACGGUGAUGUUUGUGGCAGAGGCUCUCAGAGAAGGGAGCAAAGCAGAAUGUGGGCCUGUGUGGCUCCGGUCCUCGGUUUCCUAACUGUUGGCAGGGAUCCUAAAGGCGCCAGGUCCUCCCUGUCUUCCUCAGCUGACUCUGCCCUCCUCAGUGUGUCCACGGGCACAGGCUUUCCUCCUGGCAGGUGGCAGCCGGAGACCUCCUGGGUGUCCUGCUGCCACUGUGGACCUCACCUCAGUGCUGUCUGGGGCCUUCCCAGACCAGUCCCCUCCCAGCGGGACCCAACCCCUGCCAGCCUCAGCUUUCAGGAGCUGCCCCCGCGGCGCGAACAAUAUCCUUUCUAUUUGGAGUUGACUCUGCUGCCCUUUGGAGAUCCCAGCGCGUAACGUGAGCUCGCGACCAGCGCGGGGGAGGCGCCCACACGCCCGUCCCGUCUUGGUGUCUGGCCCCAGGCGGCCGCGCCUCCCCUCCGAGGUGGUCCCAUAGCCCCUGCACCAGGCGGCCCGCGCCCGCGACCUCAAGGCGGCUGCCCCGCGCCAUGGCGGCCCGGCUGGGUGCGCUGGCCGCGUCGGGGCUGUACCGGCGGCGCCAGCACCGGCAGAGCCCGCCGCCCGCCAAGGGCAAUAUGUCGGACGCCUUGGCCAACGCCGUGUGCCAGCGCUGCCAGGCCCGCUUCUCCCCCGCCGAGCGCAUUGUCAACAGCAAUGGGGAGCUGUAUCAUGAGCACUGCUUCGUGUGUGCCCAGUGCUUCCGGCCCUUCCCCGAGGGGCUCUUCUAUGAGUUUGAAGGCCGGAAGUACUGCGAACACGACUUCCAAAUGCUGUUUGCUCCGUGCUGUGGAUCCUGCGGUGAGUUCAUCAUUGGCCGCGUCAUCAAGGCCAUGAACAACAACUGGCACCCGGGCUGCUUCCGCUGCGAGCUGUGUGAUGUGGAGCUGGCUGACCUGGGCUUUGUGAAGAAUGCCGGCAGGCAUCUCUGCCGGCCUUGCCACAACCGUGAGAAGGCCAAGGGCCUGGGCAAGUACAUCUGCCAGCGGUGCCACCUGGUCAUCGACGAGCAGCCCCUCAUGUUCAGGAGCGACGCCUACCACCCUGACCACUUCAACUGCACCCACUGUGGGAAGGAGCUGACGGCCGAGGCCCGCGAGCUGAAGGGUGAGCUCUACUGCCUGCCCUGCCAUGACAAGAUGGGCGUCCCCAUCUGUGGGGCCUGCCGCCGGCCCAUCGAGGGCCGAGUGGUCAACGCGCUGGGCAAGCAGUGGCACGUGGAGCACUUUGUCUGUGCCAAGUGUGAGAAGCCAUUCCUGGGGCACCGGCACUAUGAGAAGAAGGGCCUGGCCUACUGCGAGACUCACUACAACCAGCUCUUCGGAGACGUCUGCUACAACUGCAGCCAUGUGAUUGAAGGCGAUGUGGUGUCGGCCCUCAACAAGGCCUGGUGUGUGAGCUGCUUCUCCUGCUCCACCUGCAACAGCAAGCUCACCCUGAAGAACAAGUUUGUGGAGUUCGACAUGAAGCCCGUGUGUAAGAGGUGCUACGAGAAGUUCCCGCUGGAGCUGAAGAAGCGGCUGAAGAAGCUGUCGGAGCUGACCUCCCGCAAGGCCCAGCCCAAGGCCGCAGACCUCAACUCUGCCUGAAGGCCCUCUUGCGCAGCCGCCUCUCGGCCCCUCCGCCUUCUCCCCUCCCGCUGUCCACGCUUGGCCCCCUCGUCCCCAUCCACCUGUGCCCUCCGCAUCUUACCCUCCCUUUCUCUUUCCUCAUUGCCUUCUCCCUUCCUGUUCCCUCAUCUCUGCCUUCCCCAUGUCUCUCCUCUCCUUGGCCGUGGCUUCUGUCUGUGAGGAGGUAGGAGCUGGGGAGUGGGAGCCUAUGACCCCAUGUCUGACAGCCAUGUCCACCUGUGCCCACAGCUUCCGCCCACAGACCUCCAGGGACAGGAGCAAAUUGCACCACAGCUCCCCGCCUGGCCUGGCCCUCCCCAGGCGGCUCAGUGGCUCUUGCGGUCCUGUGAGAGACCCUGCCCCAGAGCGGCCCCACUAAGCGCAUGUGGCUCCUGGGCUACCCACAGCCAGGGCAGCCUGCUGGAGCCACACAGGGCCAGAGUCAUGCAGAUGGAGGCCUCUGGGAGCCACCUCCAAUCCCUCACCACUCACUCAACCAGUGGCACAGUGUCCUUGUGCCCACACUGAGCCAGCAAGUCCUGCUGUCCACACCCACAAGCUACCUGGAGGGACAGGACCCACCUCCAUCCUUCGGAAGGCCUUCCUGGAAUCCCACCUUGGCCUCCCACCUCGGUUCCGCCCCGCCCCCCUCCCCCUGACCUUGGGGCUUGUGUUGAGCCCUUGGGUGGGGCCAGGAGGUGAUGGCGUCAGAGGAGGUGUGGUCAGAGGUGGCUUGUUCCCACCUCCAGGGAGGACGCUUCGUCUUCGGCCAGCGCAGACCUGGUGUUUGUUGGGCUCACGCUUGCACAAUGAAGGCUUGUUCACACAA